ACAUCUCUCUCUCCUCUCUUCUUCUCUUUUUCUCUCCAGUUUCAUGUGCUGCACUGCAGCCUGAACUCCAUUCCCAUCUCCAACCUCACAUUAUGAACCUAUAACUCUCCCCCUCUCAAAGUCUCAAGCACAAUGGACUCCAGGACUCGCCUUGAUCAUGUUCUCUUCCAACUCACUCCAACCAGAACAAGAUGUGAACUUGUAAUGUUUGCUGCUGGUGGUGGAAAUGAGAAAUUGGCUUCAGGGUUUCUGGAACCUUUUCUUACACAUUUGAAAUGUGCAAAGGAUCAGAUUUCUAAAGGAGGCUACUCCAUUACUCUUCGUCCUCCCGGCUCUGGUGCCUCUUGGUUCACCAAAGCCACUCUCCAAAGGUUUGUGAGAUUUGUUAGCUCACCAGAAGUUCUUGAGAGAUUUGUCACUAUUGAGAAAGAGAUUUUGCAGAUUGAGAAUUCACUUCAAUCAAGUGAACUCACAGAGGCAGAAGCUGAUGGGAUUAAAUCAAUAGCCAUUAAGCCAAACAGUGAAUCCAAUGAGACCAUUGAUGCUGUGCCAGAAGAGAAUUCCAAGAUUCGUCUUCAACGUGUUCUGGAAACUCGGAAGGUUGUACUCUGCAAAGAGCAAGCAAUGGCUUAUGCCCGUGCUUUAGUUGCUGGAUUUGAAUUGGACUAUAUUGAUGAUCUUUUAUCUUUUGCUGAUACUUUUGGAGCUUCACGGUUAAGGGAAGCAUGCAUAAAUUUCAUAAAUUUAUACAAGCAAAAGAACGAGGAUAGGUUUUGGAUGGAAGAAAUAUCAGCAAUGCAGGCACUCUCUCAUCCGCAAUUGCCAUACUUGGCGACAUCAGGAAUCUUUCUUGCUGGAGAAGAUAAUGAGCCCAGUCAGAAUCUUAACCAAAGUAUUCUAUCUAUUGGGAAGAAUGGUCUAGACACGUCAGUGUCUGAUUCAACUGCGAGUCUUGGAAGUCUGGAUGCAAACCAAGAUGGAAAAGCUCAAGUGCCAAAUCCAUGGCCAAACCAUCUUCCGCAGUACAUGCAAAAUUUCCAAGGUCCUGCAUUUCAACAAAUGCACCCGUAUCAAGGGUACAUGUUCCCAGGUAUGCAGGUCCCCCCAUAUUAUCCAGGGAAUAUGAAAUGGCCUCCCAACAUGGAAGACAAUGGCUUUAUGUUUGAUCAGGAAUCUGAUGAUCGUCGGAAGCAUAAAUCUCAUAGAAGUAAAAAGAAGCAUUCUCAAGAAAGAGCACUUGAAACUUCAGAACAAGAUGGAUCCGAUGGAAACACUGGUUCAAGUUAUGAAAGUGAAAGUGAUGAUCAUUUGCAGAAUGCUAAAAGGCACUCUGGAAUAGAGCAGCAGUAUAGGAAAAAGCAGGGGCACAAGUCCUCAAGAAAGGUUGUUAUCCGCAAUAUUAAUUAUAUAACCUCUAAGAGGGAUGGAGAAAGUGAGUCUGAGGAAAAUUCAUCCAACGAGGACGGAUAUAUUGAUGGGAAUUCCAUUAAACAGCAGGUAGAGGAAGCUGUUGGUUCAUUGGAGAGGAUACAUAAAUCAAGCUCAAGUCGUCACAAAAAACAAGGUGGAAGCAAGUUGCAUGGCAGUAUAUAUAAAUCUAAUGGAAAUGAAUAUAAAAGUGAAGAUGCAAAUACACCAGAGGGAGAAAAGCAAAAUGACAACUGGAGUGCUUUCCAGAAUCUUCUCAUGAGGGAUGAGGGUCCAAGUUCUUUUGCUACAGAAUCACAUGAUCUGCAGAUUGAGAAUGAAUAUCUUUCAAAUAAAACCUCUGGUGAAGGGCGGUCAUCUGAAUUUAACCAGGAACAAGAGAAAGUAAUGAAGCAAAGAGCAACUUCAAGUGAGUAUCUGGUGGUGACAGAGAGGGAUACAGGAAAUGAAAGUAAAAUUCACAUACCAUACUUUCAAGGUGGCGAUGAUGUUGGUCGCAUUACCAAAAGAGAUGGCACCUAUGAGGAUUUAUUAUUUUCACAGAGAAAUGAAGACUCAAGGAUCAAUUCCCAUGAUACUCUCUCCGAUUGUGCUAAUGAACAAUACAAAACCAAAUGUCCAAAUGAAGGGGAUUGGUUCAUCAGUAACCAAACAGAUAGUCAGAUUGCCAGCAAUGAUCUGAAACCGCUUGAUGGUGUUUAUGCUUCAUCAGUGUUGGCUAUGGACAGUGUUCAUGCUGAGAAAAAGAGAGAAGUGCUAGUAGAUGACUCUUUCAUGGUUCAAGACCGAUCAGUAGUUGAUCAUCAAUCUGAUUCUCAGUUCAGGACCGACAUAAGUUUUGUACCAGAAUACACUGGAGCCACCCAAAAUGAAUAUAGCAAGCCAGAGUUUUCAAAUGAUAAGCCUGCAGCCUUUAGCAUGCAUGAACCAGAUGACCUAUACAUGGUGCUUGAUCGUGGUUCAGCUGUGGAGCAGGAUGUGGCACCAUGGAAUCCGGAGAUGGACUAUGAAGUUAAGGCUUCAUCACUUGAAGCCAGUGAAAAGAUUCUUGGCGUUGAGUCGACUGAUUCGAUUGGUGAUGAGCAGCCUUCUAAUAGUAAAGGCAAGAAUGCUAAAACCAGUGGAAAUCCUGGAAGAAAAGAUCCAACCAAAGAAGCAAGGUCUAAACUUGCAAAUGGAUCUUUGGGGAAGAGCAGAUAUGAUUACUUAUCCAAAAGUAAGAACCCCUCGUCUGUUAGCAAAAGCACAGCCCACAAAAGCAAAUAUGAGAAGGAUGAAGAACAAAGAAAGAGAAUGGAAGAGUUAGCAAUUGAGCGCCAGAAGAGAAUUGCCGAGAGGAGUGCGGCUCGUGGUUCUAGUACUGCAACAUCCAAGAAGCUCCCAACAGAUACUAAAAAUGCCAAAACCACGGGGCCCAGGACAAAGAAUGAUAAGCUUACAGUUCAGUCCCCAACCACUGAGACCAAGAAAGCAGAGAAGCCUAUCAUGCGGAGUUCCACAAUCGAACGGCUUGCAACUGCCAGAGUAACUGAGAAGUUGCCAAAAGCUCUGCCAAAUUCUGGCCAACCCAAAAAGCAAACAAUCAAAGCAAAUGGUGUAGCUGCAGCUGCCUCAUCACAGAAGGCGCCUGGUGCUGUGAACAAGAAACCGAGCCCAAACAAAACCAAACCAUCAGAAGCAAAAGACGGCCUGAAGAAUUCAAAUCAGUUACUUUCGUCCAACUCUGAUGUCCAGGAAAAAGUGUGUGGUGAAGACACAGCAGCACUCCCAGUUGAAUUGACAUGUAAUGCUGCACCUGCAACUCAACCUUCUAAUGCCUUAAUUGAAAAGAAUGAGGGAAACUUGAUGUUGCGAAGAGAGGAAGGAAGCUGCAAUGAGCAUCCACUCGAUUCGGAUUCACCAGCACCUAUUGAAGAAUCUGCGCAGCCUGAUCAGUUAACAGCUGAUGCUGACAAAUUACCUCGGGGAUCUCCAGUUCUCAGUGAAGACAAAAGUAACUACAUUGAAGACAGUGCAGAACCUCAAACUCUGGAAUCUCCUACCAAACCUUUGAUUGUUUCAGCGGUGAAUAUUGAUGAAAAUGGUGAUACAAAAGGUUUUCCAGUCUCUACUGAAAUAUCUGAAAUAGAAAUCUCUACCCCACCAUAUAACGAAACAGCCUCAGAACAACACCACUCGAGGAAGAAAUGGAAUGGUGAUGAAGUCUCCCCCAAAGCUGCCAAAGGGUUUAGGAAACUUCUGCUGUUUGGACGAAAGAGCAAGAACAACCCCGUCAAUUGAUAUCGUGGAGCUUAGUUAAUUUUCUUUGCUAGCAGAUUUUGAGUGCAGUUUAUGUCCAAAUACUAUGGCAUUGGUUUCUGGAUAGCUCAAGUCCCAGGGAUGGACCCUGCUUCUCGAAUUGCUUGAGAAUGAAGCUGAUGCAUGCCUUAUGGCUGUCAAGUAAAAUAACCGAGAUAGCUUUCUUUGCACAAUAACGCGUAAGUUGUUGCUGCCACAUGAGAUUCUCAGUUCUCACAGUAAGUUAUGUACUUUUUGUAUAUCCAAAAAAAGUUCACUCAAAAACCAUCUGUUCUUUUGAUUUUGCUUGUGAAUCUGCAUUCAUGACACUGAUUUGUAUCUUUGUAAAUUUUUCUCUUCAAAUUUGUUUGUAUGUGUAAGAAAGCUCAAAGCAGGCAUUUUUGUAUUUAAUGUUAAUGGUGAGUAUAAAUUGU